AUGCGUGUCUGUGUCUGCCCUGUCCUUCUGUCCCGUUGUCCAUUGAGCUCAGUCUUGUCCAGCGGCAAGCCCCCAAACUCGCCGCCCGACUAG